CUAGGUUAGGUACUUUACCUGCUGAAUGGUUACGUAGUGCAACUUGGAAUAUUCAACAACAAAACUUGGAUAGCAAAAGUAUUCCGUAUUCCAUGGAGCCAACUUUGGAUGCUCUAAAAAAUAAGCCAUUAUGAUCCCACGGAAGCGUGCAAAACCAAAUCCCUCCACAAGAGAAAACAGUGAUGCUAGUCAAGUUGCUCUCCCGUCACAAUCAUCUCUAGCUCCGGGCCAGUCGAUGCCACCUACAAGGCGAGAUAGUUCGAAGGCAUCUGCAUCUAAAUCUAAUAGGCUUGAUGAUAUAAAGCAGGUGCGCAAGCCUCGAAGUUGGUAUGGUUCUUGGUCACAAGUACCUAAGUCGUCUGCCUCGACCCAAGUCUCACAUCAGACUAUCAUGGGUGGCACCCUACGUCCCGUCGCCUCUCCCGACUUUAGUCGUUUCGAAACUAAGAAGGAUAAUGGUUCUGUUGAGUCCGACGGCCAGUCCACUGGAACACUACCUAAAACCACCGAAGCACCUGUGCAGCCUGGACGAGAUGAUAACAAAUCUGCAAAAGCCCAAGAGGCUAAUAAUUCUGCCGGCGGCGGAAAAAGUAAUGAGAUGAAGAUGUCAAAGGAUCAAGAGGCUCCUAAUGCGACCGCCAACAAAGAUGAAAUUCAACCAUCAGCAGAAACGACGCAACUACCACAGGCCUCGUCUAGUUGGCUGGGAUGGUUUGGAAGAUCAGCAGUGCCAGAGGCGACUACUCAAAAAGACAGAAAUGCGAAAGCCGAUUCUUCGAAUGAACCCGAAAGCAUGCAACUAGAUACACCUCAGCCACCUUCUGAACCCUCUGAACUCUCUGAACCUCCCAAGCCUCCCGAACCCAACCAAACCCCGGCGGGACCUGUUGAACCUACAAAGCCUACAAGUUCUUGGUUUGGAUUUUGGUAUACAUCAACAACACCAGCCGCUUCAGAAAACUCUACACAAAAACCGACCGAUACAUCACCCGUCGAAGAAUCUUUGCCAAAUGAGAAUCAAGAUGUAACCAUGGAAGAUGCCCCAGCUUCAAAGCCUACGGAAGUCAGCCAAUCAUCAUACAGCUCAACGUGGGCCUUUUGGUCCAGGGACACAGGUCAGAAAGGCAACGCAAAGACUACCAGUACUCCAGAGGCGGGCGAAUUGGCUAUAAUGGGGGAUGGUUCAGAGGCGAAUCCAAAACGCUCGACUAGUGCAGAGGUCGGCGGAAGUGCAACGCCGGUAAAGGAACCCCCGACCAAGACAUUAAAGGAGCCACCUAUUAGGGCGAAUUCGUCUAAGAAGAGCAAGAGAGCACGACCGCAGUCUAUGAAUAUUGGUGAACAGAUAUCUAGACCAGGUACUCCGCAGUCAGACGUGUCUGUGAAGACUGUGCCAUCAAAGUUACCCGUUCCGGAGCCAAGCAAACCAUCUGCACCGAACUUACUUUUACCUUCCUUUCGUAAUACAUAUCGCAUGAAAAACAACCCGUCAAUAGUCAAGCAGAUUACACAGCUGCUACUACGAACGCAACAGCCUCCCGCAAAUCAUGUAUUCCUUGUUAAAGAAGCACCCAAAAUAAAGAAAGCCGUUGUCAUUGGCAUCCACGGCCUUUUCCCGGCAUCGUAUCUAAGACCGAUGAUAGGCCAGCCGACGGGAACCUCGAUUCGCUUUGCAAAUCAUGGCGCCGAAGCAAUACGAAGGUGGGCUGAAAGUCAUGGCUGCGGGGACUGUAAGAUCGAAAAGGUUGCUCUCGAAGGGGAGGGUAAGAUUGCAGAUAGGGUUGAUAACCUCUGGAAACUCCUCCUAAAUUGGAUAGAGCAUAUCCGGGGGGCCGACCUUAUUGUUCUGGCCUGCCAUUCUCAAGGUGUUCCUGUUGGCCUAAUGCUUCUAGAAAAGCUAAUAGAUUUGGGUAUUAUUACCAACUCCAAAAUCGGAGUUUGUGCUAUGGCUGGAGUUUCACUUGGGCCUUUCCCCGAUUACAAGUCCAGCAUGGGCAGGCUGAUGGGCACCGCUGCUGAACUAUGGCAGUUUGCCGACCCGGAAAGUGAAGUAUCUAAGAGAUAUCAGCAUGCAGUUGAAGCAGUCGUUAAUUAUGGAGCUCGUAUCACCUAUAUUGGUAGCAUUGACGACCAAUUGGUUCCUAUGGACUCCGCGAUCUAUGCGCCAGCUUCACACCCCUACAUAUACCGCGCUGUGUUCAUAGAUGGACGCAUACACGCUCCUGAUUUUAUUGCUCACCUAGUUGGGUUUGCGCUGAAAUUGCGGAACUUGGGUAUAUCAGAUCACGGGCUUAUCCGUGAGCUCUCUAUACCACUAGCUGGGAGUCUCUAUUCUGGAGAAGGUCAUUCGAGGCUUUACGACGACGAACAAGUUUACGACUUGGCAAUUUCACACGCUCUCGAGACUACCAGUGUUACUGGUGUUCCAUGUCAAAUUCAGAGGCAGGAGAAAUUGGCGAAUCCCAAUCCUUUUAUGCUACCUUGGAUUAUGCGUGGGCUACUAGAAGAGGAGUUUGUGAAGACAGAAUUAUACUCGGAGACGACGGAGCUGCUGAAGCAGUUUGACAAUUGGUCGCCUAGCACUAAAGCACUCAAAGACGUUAAGUAUAGACUAGAGGUUAUCCGGUCAAAGCUCUAGCUAGGGCAUCGAUGAUGCACUGUAAUAGGUAAUUUAUGGGAACUCGACAACGCCGAUUUUACUCAGGGGGCAACUAGUCAUUUUCUGGAAGCAUGCAAGGAGUUACGCGGCUGACUUCAGUGGGGGAAAACAUCAAGCGAUUUUUUUUACACCCCUUGGCAAUAUAUAGGGGACUCGGUGAGAACGUUUUAACAUAAGUUGAAUUUGUACAGCUUGAUUGUUAAUACAGAUUAUUACCUACAUAACGGGUACCUACCUAUCUAGGUUAUAUAGGAGAUUCUUUUGAGCCCCUCGGAGUUUAGAGAGUCAAAGUGAAAUGAGUAUAUCCAUUGCCUCAGAUUAAGAUGGAUGUAUCCACUAAUAAUUGAACGCGUUGAAUGAACACUGGAGAACUGCGGGACGGGAG